AUGGCAGUACAACACAUCACAGAGAAUAGCAACAAUGACGUGAAUGGUAGCUUCCUAGAAGCGACCUCGUCCGGUAAGGUUCGUCACGAGCUGCAGGUGACACCAGACCGUCAUCAAGCUACUGCGCUGAAGAACAAACAUCUGCUUAAAAUUACUACCUGGAAUGCUAGAACAAUGUAUAAAGCUGGAAAGUUGGAAAACAUCAAGGAGGAAAUGAACAGAUUGCACAUCAAUAUCAUGGGCAUAUCUGAGAUGAGAUGGACAGGAGCUGGAGCUAUAUCAUCAGAAAACCAUAAGAUCAUAUACUCAGGAGGCGAACAGCACGGACGAGGAGUUGGCAUCAUCGCAGACUCGAAAACAUCUAAGGCUUUACUAGGAUACUGGGCCGUUUCUGACCGCAUUCUGUUGUUAGAUCAGGCAUACUCGCAGUGCAAAUCUCAGGAUAUCAUCUUUGUUAUGGGGGAUUUCAAUGCUAAAGUUGGCAACGAGAGGGUAGACAACCUAUGUUAA